AUGGAACUCUAUUCCAACCAAUCGCCCUCGACGGCCCCGACUUGCCAAGAGCCACUGGCCGACGACAUUCGCAUUCAACUGAGGACAAUGGCCAACACUACGUCGGAUUCCUCAUAUAUCCCCGCGCUCCUGCUUCAUAUACCUGACAUCAUGAGUUUCGACGCUUCUACAAACCUCUCAGACACAGAAACAGCGCCAACUAUGGCUACAUUCACAAUGACCCAUACUGCUCAUACUGCAGAAAUGACCAGGAAGAUGAGAGACUUCACGCUCGAUGCUGGUGGCGAAAAAGUCAGUACUCUGUCGGCAGAGGCAUGCGCCACCAGCCAGAGCUCCGAAUCCAGGCUAGCAGCACCUAACAAUGGUCCGGCUGACGUCAAGAACCAGCAUCGGCCGUUCGAUCCAUUACCUCUGGAGCUUCGUGAGCAGAUAUGGGACUUUGCGCUGGCGACUACCUCGCCUGGGAUCUACUUCUUCCAUGAACAGGACCUUCAGUACGGUGACGCAUACGACCAGAACGACCCUUGCUGGAGGGUCAUCGUACCAAUUCCGACCAUCUACCACCUGUGCAAAGAAACGAGGGAGCAUACGAAGCGGAAGCUGUCCUUUACGUGGGCGAGAACCAAGCGGGGGGAGCGGUUGCGAGUUCCCUGCCGGCAGUUCAACCCGGACAUUGACGCAGCCUACCUCUCCUCCAAGACGGUCGAUCAGCUGUACAAUAGCAUCCACGACCCCGCCGAGGCCGGUCCGUUCAUGGAGAUUCAGCACCUCGCGCUGGAGUCGAGAUGCCUCUGCAACGCUCAGUGGCCGCGGUUCGCUAGGCUUCUGUCACGCCUGGGAACCCCGAAUGUCCUCCCUAAGCUUGAACUCAUGUCCGUCAUCCUGGGGCGAGCAUGGAUACGGGAAGAGCCCCCGAUCGGUCGGAGCUGGGAUGGCGAAGAGCCGCUCACGCCGCCUCCUGGGGUGAGCAACGAAGAGUACUCUAGCCAGGUGGCCGAGGAGCUCCAGGAGUGGUUCGAGAAGGUGGAGCCACCUUUCAAGCUGAGAUCACGGGCUGGUAUCUGGGGUCCCGAGCUGAUUCCAGGUGACCCGGACUCUCGCAGGGACAUCGAGGAAAUAUGUUGGAUGUUUCAGGACCAGAUGAUACCGCUCGAUCAGGAUGAAAAUGAUGCAAACGAAGCUGAACGACAAAGUCGAUUGGAAGUUGGACCUUUCAGGGAGGUCGUUCUGAGUGCGGAAGACUUCCGAAAAAGGUGGCCGGCGAAUGUUAAUUUCAUGGAGUUGGUAGUGGCCAAGUACUGCUGA